UCUCUGAUUGCUUCUCUUUCACGCAUUUCAAGUUCUGAUGCCUUCCUGUUUCAACCAACAUCCCGGUCAGAUUCCACAGAUCUGGAAGUGAAAACCGAUCGCCACUGAUGUCAGCUCCCCAGACGCUCGGCGGUCCUUCCCGGUGCGGCCGCGUUCUGGGCCCAUCUCUCGACAAGAUCAUCAAAAACGCCUCUUGGCGGAAACACUCUCACAUCGUUUCCUCAUGCAAAUCCGCCCUCGAAAAGCUCGAGACCCUCUCUGAUAGGGCCUUACCCGAUCCCACUUCUCCUCUACUCGGCCUUUCCGUUUCCGAUGCCGAAUUUUCCCUCAAUCCUAUCAUUCUCACUCUCAACUCCAAUCACGCCAAACUCGCCGACCCCGCCCUCGAAUGCGUCUUCAAGUUAUUCUGUCUUGGCUACGUUCGCGGCGAGAUUGACAGCAAUCUCCCCAAUUCGAUCCUCUUCAAAAUUGUCGAAAGUGUUUGCAAAGUCGAUGGCAUUGGCGACGAAUCGAUAGAGCUUGCUAUGCUCCGAGUUUUGCUGUCCGCCGUUGGAUGCCCUUGCGUUUUGGUCCGUGGCGAUUGCUUGCUUCUCGUCUUUAAAACUUGCUAUAAUGUGUAUUUAAGUGGUUUAAACGGAACCAAUCAGAUCUGUGCUAAGUCCGUUCUAGCUCAGAUUGUGCUCAUUGUGUUCACCCGGGCAGAAGAGGAUUCCAUGGAUGUUUCUAUCAAAAUAGUUCCGGUUAGUGAGCUUAUAGAGUUUACUGAUAAGAAUUUAAACGAAGGGGGUUCAAUUUUUUAUUGUCAGAAUCUUAUUAGCGAGGUUGUGACUACUAGUGAAGGGGUUCCGGAUUUGAAGUUUUCACAGCCCAGUAUGAGUCCGGAAUUGCAGAAUGGUGAGUCGAAUGGGGAGAAGGAAGAAGUUGGCGAGGAAGAGGUGAAGGAAGGGAUGGAAUCGAGUUCCAUUGGCAAUAUUAGUAAAAUUAGGGAGGAUGGAUUUCAUGUUUUUAAAAAUUUGUGUAAGUUAUCCAUGAAGUUUUCUUCACAGGGAAAUCCUGACGAUGAGAUCCUUUUAAGAGGGAAAACAGUGUCUUUGGAACUCCUCAAGGUCAUUAUGGAUAAUGGGGGUUCAGUUUGGCUCACAAAUGAGAGGUUUCUUAAUGCAAUUAAGCAGUAUCUCUGCUUAUCAUUGUUAAAAAACAGUGCUUUGUCAGUGAUGUCAAUUUUCCAGCUCUCGUGUUCUAUUUUUAUGAGCCUUCUAACAAAAUAUAGAUCAGGGUUGAAAGCUGAAAUUGGAAUAUUCUUUCCCAUGUUAAUCCUCCGAGUUCUUGAGAAUGUUCUCCAGCCAAGUUUUGUGCAGAAAACGACUGUCCUUAAUAUGUUGGAAAAGAUUGUUGAGGAUUCACAGAUUAUCACUGAUAUAUUUGUGAACUAUGACUGCGAUGUGGAUUCACCAAACAUAUUUGAAAGGAUUGUCAAUGGCCUUCUUAAAACUGCUCUAGGGCCUCCACCUGGUUCAACCACAACUUUGUCUGCAAUCCAGGAUAUUACUUUUCGGCAUGAAUCAGUAAAGUGCUUAGUUGGCAUCAUUAUAUCAAUGGGAGCUUGGAUGGAUGGACAUCUAAAGAUAGGUGACUCCAACAUACAUAAGAGCUCUGAGAAUGACACUUCAGCAGAGAGCUAUUCAACCCCGACUGCCGAAGAUGGAAUUUUUCCUGACUGUGAGUUGCAUCUAGAAAUGAAUUCUGAAGUAUCAGAUGCUGCUACACUUGAGCAACGCCGAGCUUAUAAAAUUGAACUCCAGAAAGGUGUUUCAUUGUUCAACAGGAAGCCAUCCAAAGGCAUUGAGUUUCUUAUGAACUCUAAAAAAAUUGACAACACUCCAGAAGAAGUGGCAUCUUUUCUGAGGAAAAACACUACUGGACUGAAUGAAGCCAUGAUUGGUGAUUAUUUGGGUGAAAGAGAAGAAUUUGCUUUGAGAGUCAUGCAUGCUUAUGUGGAUUCCUUUAAUUUCAAAUCUAUGGAUUUUGGUGAAGCCAUUAGGUUCUUCCUACGUGGCUUUAGGUUGCCAGGUGAAGCACAAAAAAUUGAUCGCAUCAUGGAAAAGUUUGCUGAGCGCUAUUGUAAAUGCAAUCCAAACUCAUUUACUAGUGCAGAUACAGCCUAUGUACUGGCAUACUCUGUCAUAAUGCUCAACACUGAUGCUCAUAACGACAUGGUCAAAGAUAAGAUGACUAAGUCUGAUUUCAUCCGAAACAACCGAGGAAUAAAUGAUGGCAAGGAUUUACCUGAGGAGUAUCUUGGUGCUCUUUAUGACCAGAUUGUGAAAAAUGAAAUUAAGAUGAAUGCUGAUUCUGCUGUUCCUCAAUGCAAGCAGGAAAAUAGCUUAAACAAGUUAUUGGGUUUGGAUGGUAUACUGAAUCUGGUUAGUUGGAAGCAAACAGAAGAUAAGCCAUUGGGUGCAAAUGGGCUUCUUAUAAGACACAUUCAAGAACAGUUUAAGGCAAAGGCGGGAAAAUCGGAGUCUGUUUAUCAUUCUGUUUCAGAUGUUUCAAUCUUGAGAUUUAUGGUGGAGGUCUGCUGGGGACCUAUGCUGGCUGCAUUUAGUGUUACUCUUGAUCAAAGUGAUAAUAGACUUGCUACUACACAAUGCUUACACGGCUUUCGACACGCUGUGCAUGUAACUGCAGUACUGGGCAUGCAGACACAGAGAGAUGCUUUUGUCACAUCUGUGGCAAAGUUCACUUAUCUCCAUUGUGCUGCAGACAUGAAACAAAAGAAUGUUGAUGCUGUAAAGGCAAUAAUAUCUAUUGCCAUUGAAGAUGGUAACCAUCUUCAGGAAGCUUGGGAGCAUAUAUUGACCUGCCUGUCCAGAAUUGAGCAUUUGCAACUGUUGGGAGAAGGUGCUCCAACUGAUGCAUCCUUUUUAACCGAGUCAAACACUGAAACAGAUGACAAGACGCCAAAAUCUGCCGAUCUUCAAUAUUUGAAGAACAAAGGAACCCUCCAGAAUCCAACUGUAAUGGCAGUUGUCCGAGGAGGUUCAUAUGAUAGCACUACUGUUGGAAUCAAUAGUUCUGGACUGGUAUCUCUGGAGCAAAUUAAUCACUUCAUUGCUAACUUGAAUUUAUUGGACCAGAUUGGAAAUUUUGAGUUGAACCAUGUUUUUGCACAUAGCCAGAGGUUAAACAGCGAAGCAAUAGUGGCAUUUGUGAAAGCCCUUUGCAAAGUUUCUAUAUCAGAGUUGCAGUCUCCUACAGAUCCUCGGGUUUUUAGCCUCACUAAGCUAGUUGAAAUUGCGCACUACAAUAUGAAUCGCAUCAGAUUAGUUUGGAGUCGCAUGUGGAAUGUUCUUUCUGAUUUCUUCGUUUCGGUCGGAUUGUCUGAAAAUUUAUCUGUAUCAAGUUUUGUGAUGGAUUCAUUGCGGCAACUUGCUAUGAAAUUCUUAGAACGUGAGGAGCUUGCAAAUUACAAUUUCCAGAAUGAAUUUUUGAGACCUUUUGUGAUUGUUAUGCGGAAAAGCAACUCUGCAGAAAUAAGGGAAUUAAUAGUUCGAUGCAUUUCUCAGAUAGUCCUCAGUCGUGUCAGGAACGUGAAAUCUGGAUGGAAAAGUGUUUUUAUGGUGUUCACAGCAGCUGCUGCGGAUGAGUAUAAGAAUAUUGUCUUGGUUGCUUUCGAGACAAUGGAAAAAAUAGUGCGAGAAUACUUUCCUCAUAUAACUGAGACUGAGGCUGCUACAUUUACUGAUUGUGUAAGAUGCCUCAUCAAGUUCACAAAUAGCAGAUUUAACAGUGAUGUUAGCCUUAAUGCUAUUGCAUUUCUACGGUUCUGUGCUUUCAAACUUGCUGAGGGAGGACUUGUUUGCACUGAUAAGAGGUUGGAUGAUGGUUCAUUUGUUUCAAUUGUUAAAGAGGAUGAUUUAGAUGUGCAAAGUUUCACCGACAUUGAUGAUCCUGGAUCAUAUUGGGGUCCUCUGCUAACAGGUUUAUCAAAACUAACAUCUGAUUCGAGAUUAGCUAUCCGAAAGAGUUCGUUGGAAGUGCUUUUCAACAUCCUGAAUGAUCAUGGUCACCUUUUCUCACGAACAUUCUGGCUUGGUGUUUUUAGUUCUGUUGUUCUCCCCAUAUUUGAUGGUGUGUGUGAAAAGAGUGACAAGGCUAUAAAAACUGAGCAGGAUUCACCAACUGCUGAAUCUCCUCAUCGUGAUGGAAGUAACUGGGACACUGAAACUUCUACCGUGGCAUCUCAGUGUCUAGUAAAUUUAUUCAUUAGUUUUUAUGAUGUAUUAAGGCCUCGGCUACCAGAUGUGGUAUACAUACUGACAGGAUACUUGGGAAGUUCAAUACAAGGUCGCGCAAGCAUUGGAGUUGCAGCGAUGUGUCGUUUGACGAGAGAGUUAGGAAGCAGACUUUCAGAAGAAGAGUGGAGAGAAAUAUUUCUUGCUUUUAAAGAAACAGCCACUUCAACUUUGCCUGGGUUUAAGAAGCUUUUGAGAACCAUGGAUGACAUCAAGGUGCCUCACAAUUCUCAAUCCUAUUCUAAUACCGAAACAAGUUCUGAUCAUGGAUUCACCAAUGAUGAUGUUGAGGGUGAUAAUCUGCAAACCAUGGCUUACGUGGUUUCGAGAAUGAAGAGUCAUAUUUCCAUCCAGCAACACAUUUUACAGGUUCUAACUGAUAUAUACAAAACACACAUGCAAUUCUUGUCGGCUGCAAAUACCAUUAUCGUUGUCGAGAUAUUUUCUUCCAUUUCAUCACAUGCUCUGGAGCUGAACUCUGAGACAAGAAUGCAGCAGAAAAUACAGAUAGCGUGCUCAAUCUUGGAGCUCUCUGAACCUCUCAUGCUUGGCUUUGAGAAUGAGGCUUAUCACAAUUACCUCAACUUCCUCCAAGAGUUUGUUGAAAACAAUCCGUCCAUCUCCAAAGAGAUGAAUCUAGAAUCACUACUUGUAGAAGUGUGUGAAAAAAUAUUGCAAAUAUACCUUAACUGUACCACUGAUCACCAGAAUAUGCCGGUGACCCAUUGGAUUCUUCCAUUAGGUUUUGCCAAGAAGGAAGAAUUGGCAGCUAGAAGUCCAUUACUUGUGUCAGCAUUGAAGGCAUUGAGUGGUUUGGGAAGGGAUUCCUUUAGAAAAUACAUAUCAAAUAUCUUUCAUCUGUUGGUCGAUCUUGUCCGGAGUGAGCACAGCUCGGGUGAAGUUCAACAUGUUCUCCGCAACAUAUUCCAGUCAUGUGUAGGUACAAUAAUCAUGCAAUAAUUUUAAUUUUUUGUUUUAGAAUAUAUUACAUUUAGAUGCAUUAUGUCACAGUUUCGAUCACAUAGUUGGCUUGAUGAUUAGCCAAGAUAUAGCCUUUUAUGAGUUCUUUUUCUUUUGUUUCAUAUAAAAAUAGUGUACAUGUUAAUCGACAUCUUGAUGAUAUGAAUUGAAAUUUUCUUCACUUACUGA